AUGGCAUCCCAACAAAAAUGGGGAUUUAUGUUCGAUGAUGACAAGUUCGUCAGUCAGUACAAGACGGGCGAGCAUAUUACCGGUCGAUUUGCCCAAAUUCUGUUAGACCAGACUGGCAUGGUCGCAGACUCCAAAACCACACCCGACCGAUCUCUCGUGGUGUUUGACAAUGCAUGCGGAACUGCGGUUGUCUCCCACAUCCUGCACCGUGAACUUGAUGAUACGGUGAAGAGCAGGUGGAAGUUGACAUGCGGAGAUACCUCGCCAGGCAUGCUCAAGUGGGCAAAGUCUCGUAUGGAAAAUGAGAAUUGGCAGAACACAGAGGUGAAACUCGUGGAUGCCCAGGACACUGGGCUUCCUACAGCACAUUUCACCCACGUUAUCACUGCUUUUGCUUAUAUGGGAUGUCCGAAAUCACUCUCUGCUCUUGAUGAAUCUGUUCGAAUUCUACAGCCUGGGGGCACAAUUGCUUUCUCGACGUGGAUAGACCCUGCUUGGAUCUCCGUUGUCCAACAGGCCGCAAAGGUCAUUCCCGGGAAUUUCCCAUUCCCUAGUUCUAAAGAAUUUCUCAAGGUACUAGGCAGCGGUGAAUGGGACUCGGUGUCCUGGAUCGAAACUCAGCUGAAGGAGCGUGGGCUCCAAGACAUUCAAGUGCAGCCGAACACCCAGGCGAUCUCACUCACUGUACCGGAUUUCAGCAAGAUGGUUGCGGUUAUGUUUCCAAUGAUAACCAAGUUCUUCUGGACAGAAGAACAACGAGAAAGACAGGAAGAAUUUGUUGGCGGCCUGCAGCAGUAUCUCGAACGUACCUAUGGGAAGGAUGGAGAAAUGGCCAUGGAGUGGACCGCUAUUCUUUCCACUGCCCGCAAGGCAAACUAG